AUAUAUAACCUAUAUUAGUUUGAAGUACACGUUUGUGCUCUGAAUAUCACGAUUCUACUUCCAACCAAGGCUAAACUUAAGAGUUGUUUACAGUUUCUUGACCAUUUUCAAUAGAUUUAACAAUGGGGAUUCGUUUGCCAUCAUCCCUGCUAACUGCUGCCAAGCAAAUUCUCAAGAUGCAGUUGGGUUUUGUCAAGAAGCAGUCAGAUGUUGUUCCUAGAGGUCAUGUUGCUGUAUAUGUGGGAGAUACCCAAAGAAAGCGAUUUGUGGUUCCUGUUUCAUACUUGAACCAUCCUUCAUUUCAACAACUACUAAACCGAGGAGAAGAAGAGUUUGGUUACCAUCAUCCACAUGGAGGUCUAACAAUUCCUUGCAAAGAGGGUGCAUUCAUUGAUCUUACUUCUAGACUGCAACAUUCUUGAAGGAUGAAGAUGAUGGAAUAGGCAUCAAUCAAUUCUUGACACAGUUUUUUUCCUGAAUUGAUUUCUUUCUAACUCCCCUGCAUGAAUGUUGUGUACAAAUACAAUCUUAAGCCUUUUGGAAUGUAAAUGAGUUUCUUUCUUAGUGAAUUUCCUAACAAAACCUAAUAAAGAUAGAUUUUCAGUCUCA